CACACACACACAGAGCCGGCGGAUCUCGCGGCCGUCGCUGAGGCGGGGAGGGGGAGAAAGGGCCGCGGGUUCCCGUCAUGGCGGGGGCCGGAGCCGGUUCGAGUCCCCGAGAGAAGCGCUCCACGGCGGCGCGCCUGAAAGCGGCCCUCAGCAGCAGCCCGGGCGGCGAGGAGAGCGAGGCCGGCGCGGAGCUGCGGGCGCUGCUGGAGCGGGUGCUGUGCCCGGCGCCCGGCGGCGUCGCGGGCGAGGCGGUGUCGGAGGCGUUGGCCUGGUGCCGCUGCCUGCUGGCGGGCGGCGAGCCCUGGGAGGGCUUCGUGCAGGCAGUGAGGGCCUACGACCCGGCCACGCUCUGCGGCCUGGUGUGGACGGCCAACUUCGUGGCCUACCGCUGCAGGACUUGCGGCAUCUCGCCCUGCAUGAGCCUCUGCGCCGAGUGCUUCCACCAAGGCGAGCACGCCGGGCACGACUACAACAUGUUCCGCAGCCAGGCUGGUGGCGCCUGCGACUGCGGAGACGGCAACGUCAUGCGGGAGGCCGGGUUUUGCAAAAGACAUCGGAUAAAAUCAAGCUCAGAAGUUCCAUCUGUUCCCAAAGACCUGCUGAUAAUGUCAGAACUAGUUCUUCCACAAUUCAUUUUCUGUCUUAUUCAGUACUUAAGGGAAGGCUAUAAUGAACCAGUUCUAGAUCUGCCAUCAGAAAAAGACCUUCAGAAAGUCCUUCAGAUAUUGGAACCGCACAUUUCAUUUCUGGAAGAUCUGACAAAAAUGGGAGGCGCAAUGCGUUCAGUCCUGACUCAGGUUUUGACAAAUCAGCAGUUCUACAAAGAUCUUAGCUCUGGUGGUGGAGAAAAUGCCUGUGCAAAGAAAAGCCAUGAAAAGUACCUUGUAGCGUUGAAAGGUUCCGGUCUGACAUUUCCUGAAGAUAAAGUUGUGUGUGGAGUGCAGGAGCAAGCGGCUGGAGCCAGCACUUCAGCACUUCAAGGUUGUGCAGGUGCUACACCCGCUUCAGGGCAAGGUGACUCUUCAGAUGAGGAGGACCAAGAUGGUAGCCAAGGUGUGGGAAAGCGCAAGAGGGUGAAACUAAGCAGCACCACCAAAGAUCAAUCCAUCAUGGAUGUUCUAAAGCAUAAAUGUUUUCUAGAAGAAUUACUAUUUUGGACAAUAAAAUAUGAAUUCCCCCAGAAGAUGGUGACUUUCUUACUCAACAUGCUUCCAGAUCAAGAUUAUAAGAUUGCUUUUACGAAAACUUUUGUGCAGCAUUAUGCUUUUAUUAUGAAAACACUCAAGAAAAGCCAUGAAUCUGACACCAUGUCUAACAGAAUUGUGCAUAUCAGCGUCCAGCUGUUCAGCAAUGAAGAGCUGGCACGGCAAGUGACGGAAGAAUGUCAGCUCCUUGAUAUUAUGGUUACUGUUCUGCUGUAUAUGAUGGAGAGCUGCCUUAUUAAAAGCGAGCUGCAAGAUGAGGAAAACAGUUUACACGUAGUAGUGAAUUGUGGAGAAGCUCUACUGAAGAACAAUACCUACUGGCCGCUUGUCAGUGACUUUAUUAAUAUCCUUUCACACCAAAGUGUGGCAAAGAAAUUCUUGGAGGAUCACAGACUAUUAGUAAUGUGGAUGAACUUUGUAUCAUUUUUCCAAGGAAUGAAUUUAAACAAGAGAGAACUUAAUGAGCAUGUUGAGUUUGAAUCCCAAACUUAUUAUGCUGCUUUUGCUGCCGAGCUUGAGGCCUGUGCCCAGCCGAUGUGGGGGCUGUUGUCCCACUGCAAGGUCAGGGAGACACAGGAGUACACACGAAAUGUUGUUAGGUACUGCCUAGAAGCACUUCAAGACUGGUUUGAUGCGAUCAACUUCGUAGAUGAGCCUACUCCGAAUCAGGUCACUUUUCAUUUACCACUGCAUCGUUACUAUGCUAUGUUUCUGAGUAAGGCUAUUAAGUGUCAAGAAAUAGAUCUGGAUUCCCUUCUCCCAGACCAGGAGAUGCUGAUGAAGUUAAUGGUUCACCCUCUUCAAAUUCAGGCCAGCCUCUCUGAAAUCCAUAGUAACAUGUGGGUAAGGAAUGGCCUGCAGAUUAAAGGACAAGCCAUGACUUACGUGCAGUCUCACUUUUGUAACUCCAUGAUUGAUCCUGACAUUUACCUGUUACAGGUCUGUGCUUCUAGACUUGACCCAGAUUAUUUUAUUUCCUCGGUGUUUGAAAGGUUCAAGGUGGUCGAUCUCCUAACAAUGGCUUCUCAGCAUCAGAAUACAGUAUUAGAUGCAGAGCACGAGCGAUCAAUGUUGGAAGGGGCCUUAACGUUUCUUGUCAUUCUCUUAAGUCUCCGAUUACACUUAGGAAUGACUGAUGAUGAGAUCCUGAGAGCAGAGAUGGUUGCUCAACUGUGUAUGAAUGACAGGACUCACAGUUCACUACUGGACCUUAUUCCAGAAAAUCCUAAUCCUAAAAGUGGUAUUAUUCCUGGAAGUUUAAGCUUUGAAUCAAUGUUGUCAGCUGUGGCUGAUUUCAAAGCUCCGGUGUUUGAGCCUGGGGGCUCUAUGCAACAAGGAAUGUAUACACCUAAAGCUGAAGUUUGGGAUCAGGAAUUUGACCCAGUCAUGGUAAUUCUUCGCACUGUUUAUCGUAGAGAUGUGCAGUCUGCAAUGGACAGAUACACAGCAUUUUUAAAGCAAAGUGGAAAAUUUCACGGGAACCCUUGGCCCCCCUACAAGAAAAGAACUCCUCUGCACCCAAGCUAUAAAGGACUCCUGAGGCUCUUGCACUGCAAAACUUUACACAUUGUGUUGUUCACUCUACUUUAUAAGAUAUUAAUGGAUCAUCAAAACCUAUCAGAACACGUCCUUUGCAUGGUUUUAUAUUUGAUUGAACUGGGGUUAGAGAAUUCAUCUGAGCAAGAGUCUGAUGAAGAAGAUUCUGUGGGAGGACAAGAACGCUGUCAUGAUAGCUGGUUCCCUGGGAAUAAUUUGGUGUCAAACAUGCGCCAUUUUAUUAACUAUGUUCGUGUAAGAGUACCAGAAACAGCUCCAGAAGUGAAAAGAGAGCCCCCUGCAAGUACAAGUUCUGAUGGUUUUACUGGUUCUCAGAAUUCAGGGACAGCGCAAGUGUUCAGUUUGGUGGCAGAGCGCAGAAAGAAAUUUCAGGAAAUCAUCAAUCGCAACACCAGCGAAGCCAGUCAGGCGGUUCGACCCAAGACCUCCAUGAAAUGGUCUGCUCCAGGAGCAACACCUCAGUUAACAACAGCUAUCCUGGAGAUCAAGGAAAGCAUAUUGUCUUUGCUAAUUAAACUUCACCAUAAACUGUCAGGAAAGCAAAACUCUUACUACCCUCCCUGGUUGGACGACAUGGAAACUUUAAUCCCACAAGAAAACCCUAAAUAUUUUCAUGGGGAUGGAAUGACAGCUGUUGAAAGGAUAUUAUUGAAAGCUGCACUUCAAAGCAGAUUAAACAAACGUAUCAUUGAGGAAAUAUGUAGAAAAGUGACUCCACCUGUGCCCCCCAAAAAGAUUAGUCCUGCAGAGAAGAAGACGUUGGACAAAGAAGAAAGGAGACAGAAGGCUAGGGAGAGGCAGCAGAAGUUGUUAGCUGAAUUUGCAUCAAGACAGAAAAGCUUUAUGGAAACUGCCAUGGAUGUUGAAUCGCCAGAUGCAGAUGUUGCUAUGGAGAUAACACCGUCAGAACAGCAUGUUUCAGAAGCAAUAUACGAUUGUGUGAUUUGUGGCCAGAGCGGCCCUUCCACUGAAGAUCGACCAGCAGGAUUGGUAGUGCUUUUACAAGCCUCCUCAGUUCUGGGGCAAUGCCGUAAUAGUACGGAACCUAAGAAGCUGCCAACUUCGGAAAAGGAGCAGAUUUACACUUUGGAUACAUGCGCAGCUGUAUAUGAAGCACGGCUUGCAACUUUACAGCGGUUCUUUAAAGAUAGUUCCUGUCUGCAGUCAGUAUCCAUUGGCUGGGAAGGAGGUGUGUACGUACAAACCUGCGGGCAUACAUUACACAUAGAUUGUCAUAAAUCCUACAUGGAAUCAUUACGGAACGAUCAGGUCCUCCAGGGUUUUUCGGUGGACAAAGGAGAAUUUACUUGUCCAUUAUGUAGGCAGUUUGCUAACAGCGUCCUCCCAUGUUAUCCUGGCAACAAUGUGGAGCGAAGCCUUUGGCAAAGUCACAAUAACAAGAGUAUGCAAGAUCUCGUAAAGGAGGUGGAAGAGCUUCAAGAGCAGCUGGGAACUUUCCCAGUAAGCAUCAGUUCAGAAACCAAUUUAAGCAAAGAAAUGGAGUCUGUGAUGAAGGACAUCAAAAGUACUACCCAGAAAAAAUACACAGACUACAGCAAGACUCCUGGAUCACCAGAUAACGAUUUUCUUUUCAUGUAUUCUGUAGCCAGGACAAAUUUAGAACUUGAACUGGUGCAUCGGGGAGGCAAUCUCUGUCUAGGAGGUGCAAGUACAGCUGGAAAGAGAUCGUGUUUACAUCAGCUGAUUCACGUGUUGGCUAUGCACAUGCGACUGUACAGCAUUGAUUCUGCUUAUAACCCGUGGAAAAAGCUAACACAGUUGAUAGAAGACAAGAAUUUGCAGAUGUGCAGUGAAGAGCAGCCAGAGGUUCCAGUACUUUACAGAGAUGUUUUAUCCCUUCUGCUCAUCCAGAUCUUAACCAUGCCACAGCCAUUGCACAAAGAACACUUUACCUGUAUCAUAAAGGUGCUUUUCACAUUAUUGUAUAUACAAGCUCUCGUUGCACUUUCCAUUAAAUGCAGCACUGAAGACAGGACAACUUGGAUGAACUCAGGAGCAUUGAAAAAGAAUAUAGCCAAUGCAAAAACGUCUCGUGAAGUUUUACUGAGCCAUGUGAUUAGUGAGCUCUCCAAAGGGAAGGUCUAUGAGCAAGAGGAAACUGAAGGUCUGUCCAUGGAUAGUAAUAGUGCUUGGUGUCCACACUCCAUAGAGACUUACUUGCAGCAGUUCUGCCUGCCUUUCCUCAGGAUAACAAGCCUUCUUCAGCACCAUCUCUUUGGAGGAGAGUUACCCAGCUGCCAGGAAGAUGAGGAGUUUACAGUCCUUGCUACUUGUCUGGGCUUGUUACCAUCAUCUUUUCAAUCCGCACAUCAGUUUUCCAGUGCCUCAUGUCUGGAUUGGCCAGUGCCAGCCUUUGACAUAAUGUCCCAGUGGUGCUCAGAAUUGGUUGCAUUUGCAAAUAAACAUCCAGCACAUGUAAAGAUUUUAUUUUUGCAGGAAUCUAAAUGGGACUUACCACGCCUCCUACAGUUGCCUGAAAAUUACAAUACUAUUUUCCAGUACUAUCACAGAAAGAGUUGUUCUGUCUGUACCAAGGUCCCCAAAGAUCCUGCAGUCUGUCUUGUUUGUGGCACUUUUGUGUGCUUGAAAGGACUGUGCUGCAAACAACAGAGCUACUGUGAAUGCGUGUUGCACUCACAAAACUGUGGCGCUGGGACAGGCAUAUUCCUUUUGAUCAAUGCCUCUGUAAUCAUCAUCAUUCGUGGUCAUCGAUUUUGCCUUUGGGGUUCUGUUUACCUGGAUGCGCAUGGUGAAGAAGAUAGAGAUCUCAGGCGUGGAAAGCCCCUUUAUAUAUGUAUGGAAAGAUACAAAGUGCUUGAGCAGCAGUGGAUUUCACAUACUUUUGACCACAUCAAUAAAAGAUGGGGGCCACAUUACAACGGUUUGUAGAUCACUAACCAUCACCCACGCUCUCUCAUCGCCUUUAUGAGGAAUGCCACGUGGCCGGCUUUAGCUUUAAGGGAACGGGAAUUUGGUGGCUUCACUGGGGAUAAGAGUGAAGCUGUGCCAUCCUGUGAAGCCCUGUGUUAGAGAGAUGCCGGUAAGAAGAGGUUUAGCAAUGGCAAAAAGAAUGCAAAACACAUUAGUGCUGUUUAAUUUGAGAGCAAGAUCUACGUUAAUUUGUCCAACUGUUGCUUUUUAAUCCUUUAGUUGACAAGCACAAAUUGUACUUUAAAAAAAAAAAGCCAGUACAUGGCUAUUGAGUGUUUCUUUUUCCCUGAUGGGAUUUGUUUAUGCUGAAACACUGUAUGGGUGUGGUAAUCUGCUAAACAUAUUGCUUUCCCCUGCCCUUUUGCCUUUUUUUUUUUUUUGGUGUGUGUUGCUUUAAAAUUUUGCUUGAUACGUAUUUGUAAGUAUACAAGAGUUGUAACACUUUUUUUUUUGGUUUCUUGAGAUUGUAAAGAAAAAACAAUUUAAAGGAUUUUUAGAUUUUAAGGAUUUCGCUUACUGCCAGAGAGCGAUUUGAACUAGUUUCAGGCAUUGCUGAAAAAUCUUAUUCAUUCUCAGGAAUUUCAUAGAUAUAACUCCAGAAAUUAGGGAAAUAGCUGUAAAAUAGAUAGCUCGCUGCUCUUAAUGUAAUAUGGUGCAUUUACAGUAUUUUGUCUUGGCCAUUUCAGAGAGCUUUAUUUACUUGUAAUUCUAACACAUCCAUUUUACUGUGUGCGCAUACACAAAGUUUGUAAGUGCCCCUGAUCGUAGAUCAUCACCCCAGGAAAGUGUGCCAUGUUUCUCGUUUCCGCUUAGCUGUGUGUUACAGUAUAAGUGGGAGCUGGAAACGUGCUUGGGAGCCCUGCCCUUAAAGCAUAAUUUGGGAUCUGUCCUGUAAGCUUGGGUAGCUUCUCUCUGUUGUAUUGAUAGAUCAAUCACUGCCCUUUCUGCUUGAUUUCCUUAGUAGACUUGGGGCAGUGCUGAGGAAUGCGUUAAGCUGUGAGGUGGCACGAGGUGAAUGAAUGUUUUCAUCUGCCUCUCUCGUGUAAGAAAUGCCAAACAGCCCCACUGUGAUCCAGUCAGGGGAGGGGGUGUUUUAAAAAAUUACAGUUUUGCCCUGCUUUUACUUCCUGAACAGCCAGUUGCCAGCCCCAGUCACUGGAUCAGAGAGGGGGCUACAUGCAAAGCAUCCAGGCGGUGUGCAUUAUUUCCCAGUUGAGCGAGAGAUCCACAGGUCCAAGACAGCUUCUGCAUGCUGAAUACUCCUGGGUAGAUUGGAGUGUUUAGUGAACACUGGAAUCCACAGUAAUGGGCAUCAUUUAAAAAAAAACUUUACCAAGCAGGGAAAAUAAUAGAUUAGUGUAAUAUAUUGCUGCCAAAUGCGUUUUCUUUUUCAUAGGAUAAUCAAACAUUUGCUAACUGUUUCAAACAAUGCUAUUCAGGCACUUCUGAUUCUUGCAUACUUUGACUUACAUAGCUUUUUUUCUGUAAAGUUUAUACAUAAACUAAUUUUUAAAAAUGUAGAGACGAAACCAUGUGUUCAGUCAAAAGCUGCUCUCUGUUCAAAGGUCUGACUGGAAAUCAGUUUAUGAAAAUAACACAGGAACAAAUACAGAACAGGAAUGCAGGGAAAGUUCACUCCAAGGUGCAGGAGGGGAAGACUUACAGCCCAUUGGAAUUUUUCACAAAAGUGGUUUGCUAUUUUAUAUAAAACUCUGUGUGACCAUAUCAAACACACAUAUUUGGAUUCUUCCUAUGAGCCUACAAUUGUUUCGCCAACUGAAAAAUAGUCUUUUACGAAAACAUUGCUACAUUUUUAAUAUUGUACCAUAUGUUUAGCCUGUAAUAUUUUUACAUUGGUCACUUAUUGAGCAUCAGGCAUUCUUUUGUAAGCUCAGUCAAUAUUCUUGGCUUCUCCCAACAAAACCCAAUUACAGGGCUCUUGAAUUUGAGUGUUCUGUUUUUAGCUUGAAACUUCACAAAGAGGAUAAUGUCUUCAGAAAAACUGAUUAAAGUUAUUUAAAGUGGAAUGUUUUAUGAUUGUGUAUAUGGGUGUGAAGUAAAAUUAUUAGCCUUAACUUUAAAACCUUUGUAUUUCAUGGUAUUCAUUUUGAUACUGGUGAAUUAGUCACUGCUCAGUUUCAAAAAAGAGAGAGAAGACCCUUGUUCGGAGAUUCUACUUGAAAUACAACUGCAUGCUGCUGAAACUAGAAUUUUGAUUUCUCCCGUAACUUUUUGAAAACCUGCUUUAUUAAGCUUACUUGGGAAAACAACAGGUCCAAACUAGAACGGAAUGUAUGCUUGUGUGUGUGCUGCUGCUCUUCCUCCAACUUACCAGGUGUGCUAUCUUGUAUGAAUGAUCAUUUAAGUACAUUACUGUACAUUACAGUACAUUACUGUAGAAAUAGAAUCAGUCUCUGACACAUCAGAAAUGCAAAAUUAGAAAUACGGUACUCAACAUUGUAAAAUAUGUUAAUAAAAGUCUACUGUCAUUAUA